CUGGGUGUUGAUUAGAUGUACUCAUUACACUAAGUGAUAGGUGCGAUCAAUUUCAAAAUUGAUUGGGAUUUCUCUUGAUGAUUAAUUCACAUCUGAAGAAAAUUCUACUUGGCGAUGAAAGGUUCAGGGCUCUCCAUGGCCUCGAGACUGGUGGGAAGUGUCAUCAUCUCCACGCUCAUCACCCUUUCAUUAUCAGUUCAUGUAAAUCCGAAUUAUCCAUUUACAAUCGAAAGCGAGCCGGCAACGUUUGAAGGUCGGGUGUGUUCGGACGCAAUCGUACACCAGCCAAUCGUGUUGAUGUCGGAAGAGGCGAAACAAGGCGAAGACGGCUGCACCAAACCAAACGAUAACUUCAUCAAGCUGUUUGUGAAAAACGUUACUGCUAAUAUUAUCUACAACGGCCACAGACGAAACCACGGCCACAUGAGGAACGCCACCAACGUGGUUCUACAUCACCGCAAUGCCACCAACGACGCCGACCUGCAUUUUCUCCCUGCUGGUUUGGAGUUCAACGUCGUCCACACCAACGCCUUUGACGUCGACGACGACUUUCUGAUCGUGGUCAGCAACAACAAGGAAUUCAAUGAUAAAGCCUCCAUACACUUUUAUGUUGUUUUGGUGACUAUUCCUGAGAGAGAGGUCGUCUCCAACCCACUUCCUUUUGUAGUGCACGUGGACCACGUCGCACCGAAGGCACGUCCCCACGGGGCCGUCAUCUUCGCCGGCGUCAUCGCGCUGUUGAUCAUAGCCAUCGUCCUCACCAUCCCCAUCACCGUGUUCGUCAAACGGCGACGGAGUAAGGGGAAGGCCAUCUGUCUGUGUGGGGAGGCAGCCUCAGGAAAAGUGGAAACCAAACCGGAACAGCCGACCGGAAACGGCGCCUUAAAGGGAUCGAUAAAUCCGUCCAUGAUUUUCGACACGGAGAUCGAUUUAAAGACUUCGGCGUCCGAUGCGUCCUUGACGACGGGUCACGAGACGAUACAGGACCAUCAGCUGAGGUCCCUGUCUCAGCUCCAUUUCCAGCCCACGUGGCUCGAUCCACAUUAUCGAGACAGCCACCAUCUUCGACUGCAGAAAUCCCUCAGCAACGGCACACGUCAGUCGAUCACGGAAAAGUUUUGAAGUCAGUGUCCAAGGUCUACGUUCAGCCAAUCGUUUUAUUCGCUGAACAUUUUCGCUAUUAGACUGGUCCUCGAAGUGGUUAAUUUUAGGUUUAAUGUGUAGCGCAGAAACCAGUCUAGAAAGCGUGAGCGACAAACGACUGCCUGAACGUACUAUCCCGGGACUACGUUCAUCCAGCUGUUUCUGCUAAACGUCUGCGAAUAAUUAGACUGGUGUCCGAAGUGGUCAAUUAUGGUUUAAUGUGUAGCGUAAAAAAAAAAAGAGACUUGCAAGCAUGAGCGACAAACAACUGGGCUAAGUUCAGCCAGCGUACGUUUCGCUAACGUUUGCAAACUAUUUGAUUGGUUCUCGACGUGGCCAGUUGGUUUAACGUGAAGCGCAUAAAUCAGUCCAGCGGAAGUUUUUUUUCUGCACGGUAUGGCUGAACGCAGCACUGGCUUAACUUAUCCCUGUUGUGGUGGAGUGCCCGUGACAUCUUUAGGAACUUCCUGUUUGGAGUUACCAUGGUUAAAAUGGUGAUCACAAUACGUGUUUGGACCUGAAUCGGAUAUGAGCGCGUGAUUACAGCAAUUCUGAGUAGCCUGAGAUGAACAAUGUUAUUAUGAUGGCAAAAACAUUAUUAUUUUCGAAAGUGGAUUGACGAACAAGGGCGGACCCAGGAAACAUUUUAGGGAGGGGACCAAGGGCAAAAGGGCACAUUGUGCAACUUCCUGAAAGGGCACUUCAAUGAACAUUGUAAAUAAAUUCUUCUUUUAUUUUGUUAGGGAAAGGGACAAGUCCCCCUGGUCCCCUCUCUUGGAUCCGCCCCUGGACGAAAAUGAAACUUAUAGCUGCAGUCUUGUCUCCCGUCAUAUAACAUCGUGUGGUAAUGCAAAAUAUAAGCAGAACUACACUUUUAAAGGUGCCGUAUCACAAAUGUUGCUUCCCGCCAAAAUUAUGUACUAACUUUUGCUUCGAACUGUAAACGUUAUACCGUCAACAAUUAAUGUAUGCUUAUAAACAGUUGCAACCAAAUAAUUCAAUUUAUUACUUAAAAAAAACAAAUUGGGCACGUUCAGUUGAUGCAAACACUCCGUGACGUUAUGCCAAGCGGAUGUUGUUGACAAGUUUCAUGUCUUUGUGCAGUUCAUCCGGGUUUUUUUUUUUUGCAAUGUGAUAGAACAAGAAUCGAGUAAUAUUGAAUGUUAUUAUGUUUUCACAGUGUACAAGUGUACAAGCACUUUGCAAUUUCGAGAUUCCCAAGUUAUUUAUGAAAAGACAAUGUGCGGGAUCAGUUAAUUUGUAGUCAUUUAUCACAAGUGUAAGAAAACAAAUAGCGAAAUACGAACUUGCAACUUUGAUACUGCAUCUUUAAAAUAUAUCGAAGAACGGCAAUUGUGGGAACAAAGUAAUGAGGAUAAUCUAUUCUGAAUAUAUAUUCAGGGUAGAUAAAUAAAAUAAAUCACUGGCGUAGGAAGCGGGAGGUGGGGCAGUGGUGGUAUGUGUCCCCAAACGUUUUAGCAGCAGCGAUGGUGUUUAUAUAUUUAUACAUGUAUUUAUAUGUGUGUGUGUGUGUGCGCGCCCCCCCCCCCCCCCCCCCACACACACACACACUUUUUGGCACCUUCCUACGCCCGUGUAAACAUAUUCGUAAUUGUAGCUUUAAGGACAACUCAGGAAGUCACGUGUCUUCGGUGAAUCGGAACUUUAUUAUUAUUAUUAUUAUUUUUUUCUGUUUAUCGAAAUCCUUGUGCUAUGCAUGUUUUGUCGAAUUACUUAUUGUUUUAUAUAGUUACAUCAGGUGGGGUGCAUGGGGUGGCAAACUAGGUAUCAAGGAGUAUUCGGAGGGGGGAAUGAAACAACAGUAACAAAAAUAAUUUUAUAAUUAAGAGGGGGGUGGGAAAGAAGCUAAAAAUCUAACAGUAAAUGAAUUUUACCCCCCCCCCCCCCCACCUAGAUCAAUGUUUUAAAAGGCAGUCUCAAAAUUGCACAAUGACCCAAAUCAGGAACGGCGGGAUGGGGCUAGGGGGUGGACUGGGGGUCUCUAGCUCUUGAGUUAACUAUGAAUAGAUUAUAAUAUGUAUGUGAUUAAUUUGUACAUUGUAGUUAUAUAUCGCAAUUAAAUUUUAACAAUUUAAAGUAGCACUUGCCUCGUUGAGAAUGCAUCUUUAAAUUUCAAAUAUAUGUCCGAUAUUCGGACUUGGAUAAGGGUAGGACCAGCUGACAAUUGCAACACCCGUUAGCUAGGUGGCGCUCUGCAGAUGACGUGUACUAGCGGAACCAAUGGGAGUGAUCUUGUACACACAGCAGAAUUUCAUUGUUGUUGACCAGUGUUAUUUUUAAAACACUUAUGACUGUAAUUGCUGAUGAUUGUUAAUCAAAAUUGUUUGCUAUAUGUAUUAAAGACCAUAUUUAUAUAUUAUUGGACGGUUCCAGAAAAUAGUACAGGGAAUAUGGCAGGCCCGCAGAAAUCGGGGUAGGGUAGGGGUAGCCAGU